AUGGUCAAGACACUUCCCUUUGGCGAUAUCCAAGUCCCGUCGCCGGGCUUCGGCGCAAUGGGUCUGAGCUUUAGCUUGGGCAGUAACCUGAGUCUGGAGGAAGCUGAGCCGGUUCUGUUGAAGGCGAUCGAACUGGGUUGCACUUUCUGGGAUACUGCUGUGGUCUAUCAAGCCGGUGUGAACGAAAAGCUGCUAGGAGACUUUAUCAGGAAGCACAAUGUUCGCGACAAGAUUUUCAUUGCCUCGAAGUGUGGUUUCGAUGUCUUUGGUGAUCGUUCCGUCACCAAUUCUGCCUCCCACAUCAAGGAGUACAUCGAAGGAACCAUUGAAAGACUAGGCUUUACACCUGAUCUGUACUAUCUGCACCGGAUCGAUCCCAAUACGCCUCUUGAAGAGUCCAUUCCGGCUCUUGAUGAAAUUCGCAAGGCUGGAAAGACCAAGUACAUUGGCCUCUCAGAAUGCUCUGCAAAGACGCUGCGCAGAGCCAAUUCAAUUGCCAAGAUUGACGCCAUCCAGGCAGAGUACUCGGCCUUUGAGACAUUGCAUGAGACAGACGACCUGAUCAACUCCUGCAAGGAGCUGGGUGUCGCAUAUGUUGCUUAUAGUCCCUUGGGGCAUGGCUGGCUUGUCGAUAACUUUGAUUACCAGUCUCCUGACGACUUUGCGCCGGAUGAUUUCCGGCGGAGUGUCCCAAAAUUCCAGGGCGAGAACUUUUACAAGAACAAGGCAAUUGUUGAAGAGGUCAAGAAACUUGCUUCUCGGAAAGGCUGCACUGUCAGUCAAAUUGCGCUUGCUUGGGUUGCUUCUCAGGGAAUGAUUGCUAUUCCGGGUACAACCAAGGCCACGCGUCUUGGGGAGAACUGGGCAUCUCGGGACGUUGAGCUAAGUGAGGAGGAGAAGCAGGAAAUGCGCAAGAUUAUCGAUGCUGCCAAACCACAUGGCAACAGAUAUGCGCCUGCACAGCAAGCUAUGGUGGGUCAUUAA